UCACGUGCCCCAUGCUGAUCCACGUGUACUUUAAUGGCCGUAUGCUGGUACAGUAAAGACUCGAGUAAAGAUGAGAUAUGGCCAGGUAGUGAUGGGUCCUGCUGGUUGCGGGAAGUCAACAUAUUGUUCUAAUGUUGUUGCUCAUUGUGCUGACGUUAAGAGAACUGUUCAUGUUGUUAAUUUGGAUCCAGCAGCAGAAGCUUUCAAUUAUCCAGUCACUGUAGACAUUCGUGAGCUGAUACAAGUUGAUGAUGUAAUGAGUGAUGAUAGUUUAAAGCUAGGACCUAAUGGCGGACUGAUCUUUUGUAUGGAGUAUCUUGUUCAAAAUCUCUCGUGGCUUGAAGAGCAGCUAGAGGAUGGGGAAGACGACUACUUUCUUUUUGAUUGUCCAGGCCAAAUUGAGCUGUAUACACAUGUCCCUGUUAUGUCACAGAUAGUGGAGCAGUUGGAUAAAUGGGGUUUCAGACUGUGUGGUGUAUUCUUGUUAGACUCAGCUUUCCUGACAUCAACAACAAAGUUCAUAUCCGGUGUAAUGACCACACUUUCCUCGAUGGUGACAUUGAAACUGCCGCAAAUUAACGUUCUGUCAAAGAUUGAUUUACUCACUUUGCAGUCAAGGGAAGACUUGGAGAGGUAUUUGGAUCCUCAAACUUCAGACUUGUUACAGGAAUUAUCUCAGGCUACACAUGGGAAGUUCAAGAAGCUCAAUAAAGCAAUAUGUAGCUUGGUUAGUUAG